AUGCAUGGGCUGCGCGGCGCUGGCACCUAUGACGGUUCACCGUCCAAUCCUGUCAUGCAGCGUCAACGUCUGAGCACAGUCGAUCCCACAUUUCGCAUCGUAGCCGAGCCUGCAUCUGCGGCGAAAAAGGCGUACAUAGUCUCCAAGAACCGACUUCUGCCCGCUACGACACGCUACAACGAAUGUAGUGAGGCACGAAUCGAUUGGUUCAAAAACUUCCAGCACGGUGCACAAAGGACCAUCUGGAACACACCCAAGUUGGUCCAUGCGGCGGAAAAAGCGUUUGCCGAUCGCAGCCUUUUGUUGGACGAGAACCAGCUCUUGUUUGAACAGAACAACAAAAAGGUGACGCGCACUUCGACGCGCUCGACCAUUACCGGCACGGCGAGGGUGAUGACCUACGACGACACUAUCGCAGCAGAGCAGCGGCGGGAUGUGAAGGGCCACGGGCAAGGCAGCAGGCAGAAGCAGCCCAUCGACAAAAGGUCAUCGUCAGAAAAGGCAGGGAUGCAGCAUGAGGAGCGACUGACCGAGUGA